AUGUCGCAGCAUGACGGCGGCCAAGUGCCGGGAGACCAGUCGAAUGAUACCGAGAAGGAGGAGAAUUCCUCGCAUUCGCAGCCAUCAUCAGCAAGUCCAAAAGAUCACGAUGCAGGGUCAAAGGCGACGGGUGAACAGGCUGAAGACCAUUUCAAACCUUGGCAGACGGUACACAAAGAUGAAGACUUCAAGACAAGCUACACUGGCUCGGCUGCGUUCAUUGCGGUUCCUGUAGACGGAAAGCCAGUCACGGCGCUAUUGCUGUCUUCCAAACUCGGUCAAAGGAUGUUAAAUUGCGUAAAGCUUCAGCGCGCUCACGGAAAGCUCGAGGCCCGCUCAAAAGUCGAUUUUGAACGUAUCGAUAAAAAGAUCUCAGAACAUCAACGAAUCGUCUACUCCUCCGGUGCGGCACUAGCAAACGCUAAGAUGGCAAAGCAUACCUCUGAACAGGAGCACCAAGAUGGGUCAGAUACGAGAAUCAUAAGAAUGAGGGAGAGAUUAUCGAAAACAGAAGAGGACAUCUCACGGCUUCGGCGGGAGAAAGAAGCCAUCAAAAGGAAAGAGGAAGAAUUGAAAGAAGAGUGGUACAAUUGGAUGGAGGCUGUUUCUUUGGGUCAUGACGACGCUUUCAUCAAGGCAGGGAUCUUGCCGGACUACGCCAAAGACCAGAGUGAAGAUUUACCAGGUAGUAAAUCUUCAGAAGCACAAAAACCCGAGGGCGCUGGUGCAUCCAUAGAGGUUGAAAAGUCGCACGAAAAUCCAGCUAAAAAGACAAAAGGAGCGGAAGCCGAAGGUGUGCCAGCUACAACGCCCGCCAUUGAGACUGUCGCAAGAAUAGAAACACCGACUGGCAAAGAGCUUGUACCUUAUGACAAAAGCAACGAACCCAGCGAGGCCCAAUUACUGAAGGAGGCUAAUAUCAGAAGCAAACUCCACGCAGCAAGAAAAGCCUUCCGCGAAGCCGACAAAGCACACGACGGCCAUCGAGCUUCUUACAACCUCGAACUUGCCAAAUUCUGCGCACAAAACCCAACGAAACCCUAUAGCGAACUAGCUCCAAUUUUUCCCGGCUACUUCCUCAAACACGGACAAAAGCUGAUAGGCGAAUUGCGUGAUGCAGAGGAUGCGUAUCUGGACGCAGAGAGACGCGCUCUCGAUGCGAACAUCUUCUUAAUCCCGGACGAACUUAUCGAAGCGGAUGUUAACCCAUACCUGGAUCUUGACGAGCUGGACGUGAGGAAUACUAAUGGCGACAAACGACCUAUUUACAGGUGGCGUCAUGUCGAGGCGGGUAUGCUCACUCCGCCGUCUAUCCAUACGAUAGAUACGUUCUACGAUGCGAGCUCCAGUGACGAUGAAGACAGUACUGAGAUUGUUGUAAGCGCUCAGGACGUUGGGGUUCGGAGAAUAGAAGACGCUCAACCGUCAGCACCAUCCGCCAAUAUCAAUGUCGACACCAUCGUAUCAACACCGGCGCAAGAUGAUCCCGAGCCUCGUUCCGAGGAGGAUGAUAUCCCGGAGGGAAUAGUCCAAUUGAUCAAGCCCGUUGCAAGUCAAUAUUCCGGCUCGUCUACCGAGUUAGCGUCUACAAUAGAUGGCGCAGCUUCCCCUGGGGUGGUGGAAAAGCGUACAAGGACAUGA